UUCACUUGAAAAGCUGCAGGAUUUGCAGCGUGUGCGGCUUUUAUUUCGAAGGGUCAAACCGGACACCGCCUUGAACCUGGCUUCCCCCGCUCGGCUCCGCAAAGGACACACAAUGCGUGAUUUCCCCGCGGGGAGCCGGCGGUGUGUCGGAGCUGACAACAGAUGCUGGAGCUCGGCUGCGUGGCGGAUGUGGAGCAAAGCGCGGAGCCCCUGAUCCGGAGCGGAGCAUGGGGCCCAGGGAGCCGCCGCUGCCGCUGCCGCCGCUGCCGCUGCUGCUGCUGCCGCUGAUCGGACUGCUGUGGUGCCGCUGCGCCCCGCUCUGUGCAGCAGCCUGUGCAGAGCAGGUAGAGGUCCACACAGAGAGGAGGGGUGUCCUCUACAGCCCUUCUUGGCCUUUAAAUUACCCGCCUGGCCUGAACUGCAGCUGGCGUAUCCAGGGAAGCCCGGGAGAAGUGAUCACCAUCAGUUUCCGUAACUUUGACCUCAUGGAGUCAGGAGGGUGCCUGGGGGACUGGCUCCUGCUGACGCCGACGUGGAGCGGAGAAUCCAGGCUGUGUGGCUCUGCUCUGCCCUCGCCGUUUAUCUCCACCAGGGGCCGUGUUUGGCUCUACUUCCACUCUGGCACCAACAGCUCAGGGCAAGCCCAGGGAUUCCGUCUGUCCUACAUCAGAGGUCACCUUGGUCAGAGCAGCUGCCAGUCAGACGAGUUCCUGUGCGGGAACGGGAAGUGUCUUCCUCGUUCCUGGAAGUGCAACGGGCAGGACGAAUGCGGCGAUGCCACCGACGAACACAGCUGCUCCCCCCCUCCCACCGAGCCCCUCCCCAGCCUCUGCCCCCUGGGCUCCCUGCCGUGCACGGAGGCCCAGACCACGCGCUGUCUGCCCGCCUCCCUGCGCUGCAACGGCGACCGGGACUGCCGCGACGGAAGCGACGAGCUGCACUGUCCAGACACCACCUGCGGCAAGCGGCUGGGCAACUUCUACGGCUCCUUCGCCUCUCCCGACUUUUUCCACGCCGACCGACGCCCUGUGACCGAGCUCAGGUGCUCCUGGUUGCUGGACACCCAGGACCCCAAGCCCAUCAUGCUGCAGCUGGACCUGCAGCUGGGGCCCGAAGACUCCCUCCAUGUUUACGACGGCCUGCUGCAGCGGGCGGAGCAUCUACUGCAGGUGCUGUCGCAUCAUAACAACCGGCGGCCGGCGCUGCUGGAGUCGAGCCGCGGCCAGAUGAGCGUUCUGUACAUGGCUCAGCCUCACAGCCCCGGCCGUGGCUUCAAUGCCACGUAUCAGGUCAAAGGUUACUGUUUUCCCGGCGAGCAUCCCUGCGGCAGUGAGCAGGGAUGCUACUCUGACCAUCAGCGCUGCGACGGGUACUGGCACUGCCCCUCGGGUCGGGAUGAGGAGGCCUGCGCGAUGUGCCCGGACGGGGAGUUCCCCUGCGAAGGGGGCACCGGCGCAUGCUACACGGCGUCCGAGCGCUGCAACAACCAGAAGAGGUGUCCGGACGGUUCGGACGAGAAGAACUGCUACGACUGCCAGCCCGGGAACUUCCACUGCGGGACCAACCUGUGCAUCUUUGAGACGUGGCGCUGCGACGGCCAAGAGGACUGCUUAGACGGGAGCGACGAGAGGGACUGCCUGGCCGCCGUGCCCAGGAAGGUGAUCACGGCGGCCCUGAUCGGCAGCCUGGUGUGCAGCCUGCUGCUGGUCAUCGCUCUGGGCUGUGCCCUCAAACUGCACUCGCUGAGGAACAGAGAGUACAGAGCUUUUGAGACUCAGAUGACUCGUAUGGAGGCAGAGUUCGUUCAGAGGGAAGCGCCCCCUUCGUAUGGUCAGCUGAUAGCCCAGGGACUCAUCCCCCCGGUGGAGGAUUUCCCAGCUUACAACCCCACCCAGGCCUCAAUGUUACAGAACCUCCGUUUGGCCAUGCGCAGGCAGAUCAGACGUCACUCGACUCGCCGCUCCUCCUCUUCCUCCUCUCGGAGGCGCGUCGGGGCCCUGUGGAGUCGGCUGUUCCGCAGUGCGGGUCGAGCCAGAGGGCACGCGGCACUGCUGGAUCCUGCCGAACCCGCACAGGUCACACUGGGGCUCCACAGCUACCACACUGUGAGGGAGGAAGGGUCCCCGGGUGGGGCCAUGUCAGGAGCCCAUGUCCGAGAAGACGCAGAGGAAGGAGGCUUUCCGCGCUCCUACAGCUCAGCUGCGGCAGACCUGCAGGCCAGCGCACCCGAGAGUCCUGCAUCGCCCCUGUCCUUGCUCUCGGUGAAUAGCUCAGACCCGGAGGAGCUGUCUCCCGUCAGCAGCAGGGGCGCCGAGGUUGCCCAGUCGGAUCCCCCCACCGUUCAGGCGGCCUCCGCACCCCCCCGCCGGCCGUCGAAAAAAUUGGUCCUGGAACUUGCGGUUAACCUAAAGGGCGUGUCCCUGAAGCGGUACUCCCCUUUGGGGCCCUUUUCCCCUGCGUCGCCGCCCGCUCUCGCAAGAAGCUUCCUAAUGCAAUCAGCCCAGUUUCAUCCCCAGGGCUCAGCGGUGACGUCACCCUCUGAGCCCAUCUCACCUUUAGCGGAAGGAGAGGAACGUGACAGCCAUUUUCCUAUGGACGUGCCAACCGAGGAAAGGAGCAGCGGGGAUGAGACGAACACAGAGGGAGCAAGCUGACUCAGCAGAUUCUACACAGUGAAGGAAGCUGAAAACUCAGGGAGGGAAGUGCCAAGACAUAAAACAUUAAAAGCUCUCAGUGGGAAGACCUGAAAUCUGCUCCACACAAGUGUCCUUCUAUUGUGUCUACGUUUCUUUUCCACUUCCAGAAGGUACAGAGCCAGCUGAAUAUUACCGCUGUUAAUAUUCUGAAAGCUUACAGCAUGCACUUGUACAUAAGGUUGCAUAUGCAGUCGUUCCUGACGGGAAUCAAACCAGCAAUGUGUUUUGUCAAUCUCUCUGUGAAGGUCACUGGGAAUCCUGACACUGACUCUUAUAAUGCAAUGCAUAGAAACAGCCCUGAUCAACUUGUUUGACUAAUCCAACUCAAUUCUGGCCAAAACAUCAAAAUAAUAAGUUUAAAAAAAUUUACCUAACAAGAACCAACAGCUUUUGUAACAUUACCCAGAGCCAUUAUACGCCGCUACUGACUGUGAGCCGCGGAAGCCUAUAGAUGAACUCUUUUCCUUCCCACUACAUUCAUUGUAAAAAGACAGCGAUACCUUACCUAGUUUAGUCUCAUUGUUUUUGGAGAACAAUACAAUUUCAGUCAUUUUUACGGGACUGGUCCGUUUCCUUCCAGUUUCUCUGCUGACAAAAGAUAUCAUUCAAAACAGUUUUUAAAACAUUUUGCAUUCCCAUUUCAUUUAAUUCUUUGGAUGCAUCUCAGAUCCAGGUUAGGCAUGCCAUUCUCGUGAUGUUGCUGUAGUUGAAAUAAUUAGGUAUGUCAUUUAUUUAUUGCUACUUUGUGACAGACCAUCUGCAGACAAACUCUGGAAUAAGCAGUCGCUAAGUUUUGGAAGACUGAUUAAGCAAACCAAUAUAAUGCAUAUUAGCCAUUCUGCUCUUAACACGUGCAUAACAAGCUGGUUAAUCAGUCACGAUAUGUGCUUGGCUAGCAGGCCUCCAUUUAGCUGCUUCACAGAGAUGCUGCACGUAGCUUGAAACAGCCUAAUAAGAGUGAUGGGUUAAAAUCCCUUCAGUUUCAAAGCAAAGACUGUUCAUGUUUUUUAAAUAAUCAAAAACAUUUCAGCACAAGUUGUCUUGUGAGAAAGCUUACUGGCAGUGUGCAGCAGUAGGUGAGGGAAGCAGAUCACUACUCUAUGCGCCACACAGCCGGAGAGAAAACUGGACACUCCAGCACUUUCUUUGAUACCUAAUAAAUAAAUAAAAACUUUAAACCAUAAAAAGGUAUGAAGGGAGAUUUUAGUGGUUUGGAAACCACAACUUUAAAAAAAAAUAAAUAAAUAAUAAUCUUGGUUUACCUGGAUACCAGUAAGCCAUUCCGAAUGGUGUUUAACACUAUUAUGUUAAGAUUGUACGGUUUGACACAAAGAUAUGUUUUAAAAUGAAAAAAA